AUUACACUAUUAAAAAUAUUUACACAAGUUAAGACAUAGAAAAAACAAUCUGAGAGUGAGUUGGAGGUGGAGUCAGAAGGAUCCGUGAACGUCACUGCACUGUAGUAAUACCAGGAGGGAUGACGUAAUGGUUGCAGCUGGAGCAAACACCGUGCACAGCGUUACCACUACAUUUGAGCUGGACUGAAAACUAUGGCUUGUAGCGUGAAGAAUCUGUCAGUGACAUUUGAUCCUUUAAAUGAAAGCAACAAAUUUAGCAAUGGAGACUACAUCUCAGGAAGAGUAACUUUGGAGGUGGCGAAGAAAACUCGUAUUGAAAGUCUGUUGAUUAAAGCCAAAGGGAAAGCAUCGGUGCUGUGGACUGAAAAUCAUGGUGAAGACAACGUAGUUGUUUAUUACGAUAAAGAAACAUACUUUAAAACAAUUCAGUACUUUAUUCUAGGACAGAAGAAACAAGGUCAAGAUGGAUACUCACUGUUAACAAAUGACUCUGGGCAAUGCUACCCAAGAACUGUUGAUCCUGGAGUCCAUGUAUACCCCUUCAUCUUUCAAAUUCCCCAUCAAAACAUGCCUGCAUCCUUCAAAGGCUACCAUGGAAAAGUGGUUUACUUUUUAGAAGCCAAAUUGUGCAGGUCAUUGGUAAUGGCAAAAAAAACCAAAACGUAUUUCAACUAUAUUCCCCGAGGAGACAUGUCUAUACCAGACCUGAUGACGCCUCAGUAUAGGAAUAAAGAGAAAAAGAUGAUGUUCCCCGCAUCUGGGAGAGUGUCAAUGGAUGCCCGUAUAGAGAAGAUGGGCUUCCUCUUAGGUGAGCAAAUCAUGGUGAAGUUAGAUGUCAUAAACAAUUCAUCUCGUUCAGUCAAACCUAAGUUCAUUUUAUACCAGAAACAGAGCUUCAUUGCCUCAAAGAAAAGAACGGUGCGCACUAAAGAGCUCCUGAAAGAGAAAAGCGAUCCCAUUGAUCCAUCAACGGAGCAGUCUGUGACCAAAGUGUUGAACAUCCCAGCAGACACAUGUCUUUCCAUCCUCAACUGCAAGGUUCUCAAAGUGGAGUACAGACUUAUGGUCUAUCUGGAUAUUAAAUUUGCUCGUGAUCCAGAAAUUAAACUGCCUGUGGUGAUUCUUCCUGUCAGUGUGUCCGAGGAAGAAAAAGAUUUAGCAAAGCCUGAUCUGGGCAUUGGCUUUGAAUCCUGGACCAGUAAGCAAGCAGACUUGUUCAACUCUGAUCCAUAAGCUGUGACAAAACUAAAAACUAUUAGUUACUUGUUAUUUAAAUUAAGAUGGUCUUGUGUUCUGGGGUUGUGUGCCUAGUUCAGGCAUGACACUGUGAAAUAUCAAAAAA